AUGUCAGUGGAACAGGCUCGCAUGAUGAAAGACGCAUGCAUAUUAGCUUCUAAAUUUUUCGAAGAACUAGCUACAGUAUUCUCAGGUGGUCAACCAGACUCCCUAACAAAAGGUGCCAAACACAAAAUCAAAGAAAAGGAAAAAUCAGACAAAAAAUAGGAAAGUCUCUCUCAACACGCAGACAAAGAUCAUGGUGAGGCACAAGUCACCUCCUCUGGUACCUAAAAGACUAAGGGAGAAAAGGAAAAGAAAAAGAAGAAGAAGAGCAGAGAUGACAAAGAUAAGAAUGGGGUUGAUGCUAUCAAAAGACCACUUUCUGCUUAUAUGCUCUUUAAUAAUCACAGAAGACCAAUUCUCAAGAAGGAGCAUGCCGCUAUGAGCUUACCUGAGGUUUCCAAAAUGAUUGGAGAAGAGUGGAGCAAGCUCACUGCUGAUUAGAAAAAGAUUUGGAACGAGAAGGCCAAAGAGCAAAAACUCGAGUACGACCUAAAGACCUACAAUAUCAACUCUGGCAAGGCAAAGCCUGAGUCUGAAUCAGUGAAAGUCGCUCCAGCUGAAUCUUCAAGUAAUCCAUUUUCCCAUAUCAUCAUGUUUAGAGUGUAUGAAAAACAAUCCCAAUUCUAAUUUUAUAUUCUAGCUGAGAAAAAAGAAAACCAUCAUGUAGUUUAAACUGCUCAACCAAGUAAUGGAACUGUCGCUGCAUAAAAUGACAAGACUAAGAAAGUGUAAUUUAAACUAUUUAGUUUAACCAAAAUAGAGUUCCCAGAAAAGAUUCAAGCAGCCUCUCAUCUAUCUCUGAUGACGAUUCCAGUUGAAAAUGAUAGCAGCAGCCUUGAUUCAGAUUGA